AUGUUAUGGAGCAACAAGUCAAUCUUCGCCAUCCUCUGGAGACUGUUCAAAGACGACCCGAGGGGGAAAUGGCUUCUCCCGACGUAUGUCAAUGAGGCACCCUCGUCAAUGACGAGUUUUGCGCGCAAGCCAAUUUUUGCGCGAGAGGGUGCCGAUGUUGUUUUGCAACGUGAUGGCAAAGUUAUACAGGAUGCAUCUACGGGAGAUUAUGGCGCUGAAGGGUAUGGUGUGGAGGAGCUUGCUCUACUUCCAGAGUUCAGGGCCGCGGAUAGAAACACAUACUACCCUGUGAUAGGAUUGUGGUUCAUCGACGGCGAUCCCGCAGGUAUGGGAAUCCGUGAAGACCGGACACCGAUUACGACAAACACGUCCGUCUUUAUUCCGCACUCGAUUGAGGGUGGACCAGCGACGUACGAGAAACAGACAAUCCCUGACAACGAGGAAAUUGAGGAGCAAAUAAGAGUAGCUCCGUUUUUUGACUCGUUUGAUUGGGAAGAGAAUGAGAUUGUGAGCUUUAUGAAAAAGGUUGUUCUUAGAUGA